AUGACUCGUUUCGCAUUUUAUUUUUCCUUCUCUAUCGUUUUGAUAUACUCAUUUCAUUCCCUCUUCCUAUCUAUCUAUCUAUCUAUCUAUCUAUCUAUCUAUCUAUCUAUCUAUCUAUCUAUCUAUCUGAUCAUCCUCAAACGAAUAUUCUUACCACUUACAACCAUUCUAUGUGCCAAGGACAACCUUGCUUACAAGAUGAAAACCACAAAAGCAGACUUAUUCUCUCUCUCGCUCUCUCUCUCUCUCUCUUUCUCAGUGCAAGACGAGUUGUUUUAUUCAUUUUUUUUCUUUCGCUGUCUCUUUUUUUUUUCUAUUUUCCCAUCUUUGCUAAAACCUCUUCUUUCCUCUCUCUUUCUAAAUUCUCUUUCUGCCGAUGAACUCCUUGCGCUCCGUUUUAUAAUGAGACAUUCUGAUCUACUCCAACCCCCCUCUUUCUCUCUCUCUCUCUCUCUCUCUCUCUCUCUCUCUCUCUCUACAAUUUUUACUUUGAAUUCUUUUAUUCUUUCAUUCAUUUCUGCGUUCUGUUUUCUUUCUUUAUCACAUUCAUGUUAUUUUUCAUUCCUCUAUUUCAUUUCUUUUACUUCAUAUUUUUCAUACCUUCUUUACUGUUUUUCUUUCUUUCAUUAUAUUUUUAUUCUUUCAUACUCUUAUCCUAUUUCCUUCCCCUAUUAUUAUCCUUUCAUAUUAUUUUUCUUCGUCAUAUUUUUCCUUUCUCCUCUGAUUUUUAUUCUUUCAUUUUAUAUUAUUACUAGCAGCCUUCUCCCGCGCUCUACCACUUCGCAAAUUUCGAAUUCACCGCCAUUUCUUUCCAUUAUUCUACUUCAUUUUUACCUCAUUUUAUUCUCUCUCCGUAGAGGACGUUCUCUUUCGUUUUCACACUUUCGCGUUACUUUCUGCGGGAGACGGGCAGCCUUCAACAAUAAAGAACAAUCGUUUCUACUGAAACUGAGCAGCAAGGAACCGAUCUUUCGGUCGAUCGACGCGCCAGUGCUCUCUUUCAAUCUCAUUCACCUUAUCUCAUGCUACCCUUUUUUCUUUCUUUUUUCGCUUUCAUUAUUCCCCUCCCUCUGUAAGAAGUUAUCAUCUCUCUCUGGCUUUCUCCUAUUCUUUCUCCAUUGUUUUAUUCUCAUUCUACUUACGCACCUCUUUCUCGUUUCUUCUCUAUUGCUCUGA